GUGCAGUCUUAACUAUUCAUUGUUACUAUAUUCUAAUUUGUGUAGCUAUCCGCGCCAGAAAAAUGAGUGAAUUUAUGAGAUUAUUAAACUGUUUUUUCAAUCUUGAAGAAUCUAGCAUAUAAUGUGUCGGAUUCCACUGCUAAAUGACCCAUAUCUGAAAAAUUGCUAUAAAUCGUUUACUGUAUAAAACUGAAAUGUGGAUUGUCGUAAAUUAAAAAGAUUAAAAUAAAAUAUAGAUAUUUCGGAAAUUGCUACUUUGUUUUGCGAGUUAUUAUUUUAAUUGUUGCAUUAAACAAUUAGUAUAUUGUAAUAUAUUAGGCAGCGUUACGUUUUUUGUUUGCAUAGCAAACAAAUAGUUAAUAGUAGCAUAGUAUGGGUGGAGGAUGACAGCAAGAACCCGAAAAAAACUGUCCCAAACUCAACACCGAAGACGAGGCAUAAAGCGCGAGAUUUAAACUUAAUGUGUCUUCAUAUGGCCAUAAAAUUUGCUCAUACAUCUCUAAGAUUUUGUAUGGAUUUUACAUUUGCAUGGAGAUGGUCCACAUCUACUUGGAUGUUGAAUGGAUGCUAUAACAAAUGUAUCCAGAAAUAUAUAUGUGCAAAGUGUUACAUAGUGGGGACACUUUUCCCCUCUCAUUCUAGCAUCCCUGUUAUAAAUAAAAGUCGGCCGACUCUUCUCUUCAUUCGUUUAGAGACCACUCAUCGUGUGCGCAGCUGAACGUUUACCCACUAAGUUAAGAAAUUCUUUCUUUUUUCAACAACCCUCAAAUCAUCUUUAAAUAUGCGUGAGUGCAUCUCAGUCCACGUGGGUCAAGCCGGUGUCCAGAUUGGCAACGCCUGCUGGGAGCUAUACUGCCUGGAGCAUGGCAUCCAGCCCGAUGGGCAAAUGCCGUCCGAUAAGACCGCCGGCGGUGGUGACGACAGUUUCAACACUUUCUUCAGCGAAACCGGUGCUGGUAAGCAUGUGCCACGUGCUGUAUUCGUUGAUCUCGAACCAUCCGUCGUCGAUGAGGUACGUACCGGUACCUAUCGCCAGCUUUUCCAUCCAGAACAACUUAUCACCGGCAAAGAAGACGCUGCGAAUAACUAUGCACGCGGCCAUUACACCAUUGGAAAAGAAAUUAUCGAUGUCGUACUCGACCACAUCCGUAAACUAGCUGACCAAUGCAGUGGACUCCAAGGAUUCCUUAUUUUCCACUCAUUCGGAGGUGGUACCGGCUCUGGUUUCACUUCUCUAUUGAUGGAACGUCUUUCCGUCGACUACGGAAAGAAAUCCAAGCUGGAAUUCGCCAUCUAUCCAGCUCCUCAGGUAUCCACCGCUGUAGUCGAGCCGUAUAAUUCAAUCCUCACCACGCAUACCACUCUUGAGCACUCUGAUUGUGCCUUCAUGGUUGAUAACGAAGCCAUCUAUGAUAUUUGCCGGAGGAAUUUAGACAUCGAGCGUCCUACCUACACUAAUCUAAAUCGGUUGAUUGGUCAGAUUGUAUCGUCAAUCACAGCUUCUCUUCGUUUCGACGGCGCUCUCAAUGUGGAUCUCACUGAGUUCCAAACCAACUUGGUGCCAUAUCCAAGAAUCCACUUCCCGUUGGUCAACUAUUCUCCGGUGAUCUCCGCGGAGAAGGCCUAUCAUGAGCAGUUGUCCGUGGCUGAAAUCACCAACGCUUGUUUCGAGCCUGCCAACCAGAUGGUUAAGUGUGAUCCACGUCGUGGUAAAUACAUGGCUUGUUGCAUGCUGUACCGUGGUGAUGUUGUCCCCAAGGAUGUCAACGCAGCUAUUGCGACCAUCAAGACCAAGCGUUCGAUUCAAUUCGUGGAUUGGUGUCCGACUGGUUUCAAGGUUGGUAUUAAUUACCAGCCACCAACUGUUGUGCCAGGUGGUGAUUUGGCUAAAGUACAGCGUGCUCUUUGCAUGUUGUCGAAUACUACGGCUAUCGCCGAAGCUUGGGCUAGAUUGGAUCACAAGUUUGAUCUGAUGUACGCAAAGAGAGCCUUCGUGCAUUGGUAUGUUGGUGAGGGUAUGGAGGAAGGUGAAUUUUCCGAAGCCCGUGAGGAUUUGGCUGCCCUCGAGAAGGAUUAUGAAGAGGUUGGUAUGGAUUCUGGAGAUGGUGAAGGUGAAGGUGGCGAGGAGUAUUAAUUCUGAAUGCACGAUGCAACAUUACCUGUUUAUUGUUAUUAUUCCAGUUUAUUGAAAAUAAAUUAAAAAUAAAAGAAAACAAAACAAAAAAACUUUUUCUGUUGUAACGAA